AUGCUCGCCUGCAUUUUACUUCAUACAUCUGUCUUCUCACAACUGGGAAUGCUAGUUUGCCAGGCUAUUACUGCCGGCUUUGCCGCAGCUUCGGCUCUUAUAUUGUUCACGAAGCUUUACACCCCACUCAAUCAGCUACUUGCAUACGGAAAAGUUGCACAGGGUCCAAAAAGCACCCAGACUGGUUUUGCUCGCCUUGUGCAGAUCGCUUCACGUUGGACGGUACCAAAGCAGUACUUUGUUCAUUUCUACAUUUUGUUUGCCGUUUUACAAUGGCUCCAGUUGCCGUGGGCGAAAGGAAAACUCUUACACACCAACUUCGGUUUAGCGUGGCUCCUAUUAACCGCACAAGCCACCCGAAGGCUCAUGGAAAGCCUUCUUCUUACUCAAUGGGGCCUGAAAUCACGCAUGCACAUCUCCCAUUACUUUGUUGGCCUCUACUUCUACGUUUGUGUCGCUAUCGUCUCGUUUUGUGGGCUUGUGGUGGCUCAAGAAGAAUCUAAGAGACCACGUCAAUGGCUAGCUAUAGCUUUCUUUGCAUUGUUUUCCGUGGACCAGUACAAUAACCAUCGCCAUUUAGCAGCACUUGUCAAGUACUCUGUUCCUACUUUUGGCAUGUUUCGGCAUGUUGCAUGCGCCCAUUACUGCGACGAGAUUGUAAUCUACUUUGCAGUGACAGUUGCAGCGUGGACGCGAGAGCCGAAUAUGGAAGUGAGCGUGGCCUUAUUCUCUGCUUGGGUGUUUGUUCUUGUCAAUCUUAGUGUGAGCGGUUUGGAGUCGCUCCGCUACUAUCAAACGAAGUUUGACGACUACACGGUACAGUAUGCGGUGGUGCCGUUCUUGUUGUGA